GUCAAACUUUGUGUUCCCCUCUUUACAUUCUCCUCCUACAUCGUCAACAACGCACAUAAAUCACACAACAACUUUUCAAGUCUCUCUCACAUCUGAAGACUACUGCACCAAUGGGGAACUCAAUGGCAUGCUUCUCGCCGGCGCACAAGCCCAGAAACUUGAUCCGAAACCCCUCGAAGCGGCCAACGUACUCUUCGCCGUCCUUGGCUUCCGCUGGUAGUACUAGAAGAUCGGUAAACGGUUCGACCAAGAAGAAAGAGCGGCUUUCCGAUGCUGAUGACUUGUUGCUUCAGCAACAAGCAAGGGAGGCUGUUCUGCUGUUCCAGAACGUCCAGAAGAACGGCGGUUCUUCGCAACUGUUUAACCGGUCCACUUCCGUUGUGUAUCCCUCUCCGGCUCCUAAGAAUCAGGGGUUCGCGAAGAGCUCGAGCUCUAGGCAGCGUUUGCGGUCGGAUACUCUCGGAUUUCAGCCUCUUGAGCUUGUUGAUAAGCAGGACGUGAAGACUGAUGAACUGGAAACCAAUCAUUUUAUCCUAGUUCAUGGUGGUGGCUUUGGUGCUUGGUGCUGGUACAAAACCAUGACACUUUUGGAAGAAAGUGGGUUCAAAGUUGAUGCAGUUGACCUGACCGGUUCUGGAGUUCACUCAUUUGAUACAAACAACAUUACAAGUCUUGCACAAUAUGUCAAGCCACUCACUGACAUCCUUGAGAAUCUUGGGGUUGGGAAGAAGGUGAUUUUGGUUGGACAUGAUUUUGGUGGCACAUGUAUCUCAUAUGCAAUGGAGUUGUUUCCAUCUAAAAUUGCAAAAGCCAUAUUUAUUUGUGCAGCAAUGUUAACCAGUGGGCAGACCACUCUUAAUCUCUUUGCUCAACAGACUGGAUCGAACGAUCUCAUGCGACAGGCUCAGAGAUUCUUGUAUGCCAAUGGGAAGGAUCAGCCUCCUAGUGCUAUUACUCUUGACAAAAAACUGUCCGAAGACUUAUUGUUCAAUCAAAGUCCUGCAAAGGAUGUUGCACUGGCAUCAGUCUCAAUGAGGCCAAUCCCCUUUGCACCAGUAACAGAGAAGCUUUCUCUUUCCGACGAGAACUACGGCGCUGUCAGGCGGUUUUUCGUAGUGACUCAAGAAGAUCAUGCCAUAACCGUUCCAUUACAAGAAGCCAUGACCGAAUCCAACCCACCGGAACAGGUUUUCCGGCUUAAGGGCUCCGAUCAUGCACCCUUUUUCUCAAGGCCACAGGCUUUGCAUAGGAUAUUAGUAGAGAUAUCACAACUUCCUCCAGUGUAGGCAUGAGCUGAUCUGCCAAAUCACAUAGGCUUCAGUACACAUAGUGGAAGGGAAUGUAUAAAAAAUAAAACUUUGUUUAAUUUAUUCAACUAACUGUCAUCCGUGAGAAAAUAUUCGUAACAUCGAAAAUAUAUGAUAUAUGAAAAAUGGCAAGGGAGCAUCAUGUGUAUUUUUUAUACUUUA